GAGAUAGUGAGAGAGAGAGAGUGAGAGAGAGAGUGAGAGAGAGAGACAGAGUGAGAGAGAGAGACAGAGUGAGAGAGAGAGACAGAGUGAGAGAGAGACAGAGUGAGAGAGAGAGUGAGAGAGUGAGAGAGAGAGUGAGAGGGAGAGAGAUAGUGAGAGAGAGAGAGUGAGAGAGAGUGAUAGUGAGACAGCGAGUGAGAGAGAGAGAGUGAGAGUGAGAUAGAGAUAGUGAGAGAGAGAGUGAGAGAGAGAGAGACUGAGAGAGAGAGAGUGAGAGGGAGAGAGAUAGUGAGAGAGAGAGAUAGAGAGUGAGAGAGAGAGUGAGAGUGAGAUAGAGAUAGUGAGAGAGAGUGAGAGAGAGAGAGUGAGAUAGAGAUAGUGAGAGAGAGAGAGAGUGAGAGAGAGUGUGAGAGAGAGAAAAUUAGUGAGAGAUAGAGUGAGAGAGAUAGUGAGAGAGAGGGUGAGAGAGAGAGAGUGAGAAAGAGAGUGAGAGAAAAAAGUGAAAGAGUGAGUCAGAGUGAGAGAGAGAGAGAGUGGGAGAGAAAGAGGGAGAGAGAGAGUAAAAUUGAGAGAGAGUGAGACAGAGAGAGAGAGUGAGACAGAGAGAGAGAGAGCGCGAGAGAGAGAGAGCGUGAGAGAUAGCGAGAGAGACAGGGAGAAAAUGAGAGGGAGAGAAGGAAAGAGAGGUCAGAUGUAGAUGUAGAUGAAUACUUGAAUGAAAGUGAGUGUCCAUUCUUUCUCCUCAUCCCACUUGGUCAGCCAGGUGAAGCCGAGACUUUUCAUCGAUGGAACCAGAAAAAAAAAGGUCUGUACCAAUCUUUACUACGCUUCCCAGGAACAGGGCCUAUAAAGCUUUUCCUAAACACCGACAACUUUUUGGGAAGGGGUACAGUAGACCUAUAUCUCUCUCACGGGAUUGGAAAAGCCUUUGCGUAUUAUAAAUGGCAAAAAUAUACCCGGCCAGAGAAGUAUACUGGCCACCAUUUGGAUUUAGUGAUCAUUCCAUUGAUUUAUUUUUAAUCCAAGCUAAUAAGAAACAUUUUUUAAAAGAAUGUUUAAAAUGAUUGAAACCUUACUUUAAUCCUUGUGCUAAUCUGAAUGAUUAUACAUUGCUUCCUUUUUGAUUGCCUUUCUAAUGAGUUAUGACUUAUGGAGUUUGCUUAACCUAUAUAGCCUGCAAAACAAAUUUAGCAUGUUUUUACUUAUUCAAAGCGUCUUAACUUUCUGGCAAGCUUCAGGCAUUCAGAGUCUUAGCCCCAUGCCUCAUGGUGUGGGUGAAAGCAGGCAGGGUUUGCAUUGUUCAUGGUGCAUACAAACCUACCAACCACCCGUCCUAAGUUGAAUGAAACGACAGUAUAACACAGCCAUGAGUUCACGACAUGCUCAUAGCGACAGGAACAAUAACAGUAAUCAUAUAUAUCUCCACGCUCCAAUUCAGUUGUAUAAUAACACCGCAUAGAAAUACCGAACAUGAAAGCUGCAGACUAUAGAGAACAUACUACCUUGUUCCAAAAUUAACUGGUGCGAUCAUAUUACAAAGGUAAUAUCAACUGUGUCUGCUUGUCUGGUACAAAGUAUUUACAAGCCAUUUCUCGCGAACCCAUUUUUCUGGUCAUCAUGAAUCUUGGCACAAAAUUAUUCAUUGGCAAAGACAAGACAGGAAUCAAUAAAAGAAAUAAGCCAAUUAGUACAUUAAUUUCAGGUAAUCAAUUAGCUUGUUUGGUACCAUCAAGAGAAAUUAAUUCUUAAUUAUUGACACGAAUGGCUAAUUUGUAAGGCUUUCUACCCUUCGAUAUCCUUUAACGCCAUUCCUCCCACACGCAUUAUCGGAUAAGGUUAAUACUUUUAACAAGUAUCAAUUUUACAUAGCAAAAUAUAAAUCAAUUAUAUAAUCAACCAGUCAAACAGUUUAUAAUCAGUAAUUAAUUUAUUUUGCUUGAGAUCGAAUAAGGGUAAUAACUUCUAAAUUAUUGAGAGGUAUAGUUGUUUUAUUCUGCUUGUUUUCACAAUUUCUAUAAAGUAUGCUUGUAGGCGUUGAUUAGCAUUGACCCACACCUUAAAAUUAAGUUUCAUAAGAAUAUACCAAACUUUGACAAAUGUGUCAUUACAUUGAUUUAUAGUUUUUUAGCUCAUGCAAUCAUUUAAAAUAAGACACUUUCAUUAUUAUUAAAAAAAUUAAUUGCUAUUUGAUAAAGAUGAUGUCGGUCUAUAGUUUCCCACAUAAUUUCUUACAAUGCUUCUUUAUUCUAUAAAGUCUUUCCAAAUUCUUGUAUUAACAAGUGCCCAAUAUGUAUAUGUUAUUUCUAUAUUUAUUCUCAUCUUAUCUUAUCUUUUGAAAUACAGACAUGACGUCAACAAAGAAGUUGAUUACGUCCUACGCGUGUUACUAUGUCAAUCUAGUCAUGCAUGUUAAACAAUGACUUAAAUUCUGCCAAGUCAUUGGUUUUCCUGGCUGACUCAGGCAACCCAUUACAUGCUCCAAUAUUAUUAGGGAAGAAGGAGCGUUUCUUUACUCAUAUCUUUUAUUGAAUACAAAAAAAAAACAACAUAGUCGAUUGUGGGGAUCCCGGCUAAAACAUUUUCCAGUUCUAAGCCGGAUUUAAUUUUUAGAUAAUUAUAUUUGAAAAAAAUAUAGCGAUCAAACCAGAGGGUUCAUUGAGUGUCAAAGUAGAUAGUUCUUUUUCCCCAAAUAUGUAGGGCCCCUACAUAAGCCGAGAAAUGUCAUGGUACAUUUUUUGGUGCCGAUUUUUUAAAAUCCAUUAAGAGCUGGCUAACCAUAAGAAGAAGUUUGAACUAAACUAACAAUAAUAAGACUAGCUGCGCACCUCCAGGAGCAAAACAAAUACUCUCUUUAAUGAUAGUUUUGUAUCAUGUAAAUCAUUUUAUUUUAUAUAUAUUAAAAAGCCCCCACUCAAUCAUUACUCAUUCUUCCCUCUACUGUGGACGAAAAUAUACAAAAAAAAUCGCGCCUCAUUCACUACCCUAUUCACCCCAUUCACUACAAACCAGAAAAGAGUUUGAGGGGGCGCGACAUAAUAUACAAUUGGAUGCAGCGUAGAUAAUUAGCUCAUAUAAAUAAGAUAAGAAAAAAGGUUUUGUACUCGUAUUUUGUGUAGAAUUUUAAGCCCCCUUCUCCCUUUUGAAUUCCAGCAGUGCCUCCUGUGGGUGGGUUCUGAACUCGUUAAAGACCAUACUGUUAUAAAAGAAAAUAUUACAUUCACCCCCAGACAUCCUGUUUUAGUUGUGUAUAGCAUUACAAAUAGAGGAAUCUCUCAGUGUGGACAAAAAAGAGAGAGAACGAGAGAUGAUAGGCUGUACCUGUGACCUUUAGGCCUUCAACUCAAACCAGGAUGGUAAGGAGACGUUGUACACAAAAAAUAAAAAAAAAAUUCCAUACUUGAUCUAAAUCUUAAAGGAAAAACUAGGCAAACAUAGAUGAAAUGAGAAUUAUAAAAAUAUUAGAGGUAGACAGACUUAUUUGAUAGGAUUAUGAAGAAAGAGAUCCAAUUCUGUGUAUACGUGGUGUAUGUCAUCGUUUGGUUCAGAGUUUCAGAAACAUAUACAAAUUGCCUGACACUGACUACUGGGAAACUACAAUAUGGAUACACAUGUAUUAAAAGCUCCGAAUGCCAGACCGAAUAUUGUAUUAACGCAGCUUGUUCCUGUCCUGAUGUCUCUCUCUUGGAUGAAGAAACUGGUCUUUGUGCUAGAAAGAGUGGUCAUAUUAUAGCAAGGAACGAGGAAUGUGGGUACAUUGUCAGCACUGGUGACAUCCCUUUCGGUGCAUUAAGGCAAUGGAACAUUACGGGGGAACCUGAGACCUACGUCACUUUAGUAAUUCUUGAAGUCAACAUGAAUCCGUACACUUGUGAUAAUAAUUACGUAGAGGUCACUGAAGACUCUAGAAUAAAAGGUAGAGCCCUAUGUACUACAGGGGACUUCACUGCCAAAUAUCACGCCUCGAUAUCAAACAAUAUUACUGUCAACUACAGAGGAACGACGGCAGGCUAUAAAGGUUUCAGAGCCGUUUACUUCAUAAGAAAUAACUCUGCUGUGUUAACUGAACCAACUGGGUAUAUAUCUAGCCAGGGCUAUCCAAUGGACUUCGGCUACUAUAGAGAAUACACCAUGCUUAUAACAGCUAAACCUGGUCAACUAAUUAGAUUAAGUCCAGCAGGAAGUACAAGUUUCGGAAACGCCUAUGUACAUGUAUACGAUGGACAGUAUACGAAUAUGACCGAGUUGAAGAAUUUAACAGAUCAAUGUACAUUGAAGUCUUACACUUCUACAAGUAAUUAUAUGCUGGUGAAGUUCACCCUGUCGUUCUUCUCUCAAGGUUUUAGUGGAUCCUACAAAAUAUAUGGUGUGGCACAUGGAGACUCAUGUAACUUUUUUGAAACAUGUCUGGAGGGAUUAGCUUGCCAUGGUGGCGUGUGCCUAACUUAUGAAGAAACUAUUUGCAAAGAUACGGUCAUAGAUUACAACAAAAUAACUAUAAUUGUUGGGGCUGUCGGGUUAUUGCUGUCAUAGCUGUCACAACUGUGAUCGUCAUGUGUUUGAGACUUCAUAUGAAAUCCACUACUCAUGGGGGAGAUAAUGAAGUGAGCAAUGUCACUGAACAAAGAGACAAUGAUAAUGGAACUUUAACUCACAAAACUGACCAAGAUUCUUUAGAGUGUGUGAAUAACAAAGAACUGGAAGACACACAUUCUGUUCAUUCUACAUCAACUGCCCAAACUACGAACAUUAUUGCAGUGUCUACAACAAACCUAUUGGAUAGUAAUCGGUGAUACAGCCUAGUAAGCAAGACAACAGUCCACUGUCGGGCAGCCCCGCAACAUUUUCUGUAUCUACAUUUACAAAUUAUAAUUUUAAGCAAGUACUGAAAGAUAAGACAUGAGAAAUAUGUGUGAGUGUGUGUGUAAUUGUGCUUUAAUUUCUGUGUUUGAGUUUAAAAAAAAAAACAUUCCCUCGCAAAAUAUUCCAUCCCCCCUCUUCUAAAUGUAAAAAUAAAACUGGUUAUGCUCAUGGAAUAAGAUCAUAUAUGAACAGAUGUUGUUGGUGAAUUAGCGGUACUGGUUCAUCGCGACUACGGUGCUAAAGUAUGAUUUUUGAUACUCGGCUUGAGCAAACUUUCUGGAGGUACGUUGGCUGAAAGGUAAAGUGCUUGGCUUUCGAAACUGGGAUUCUGGGUUCAAAUCCUGGUGAAGACUGGGUUUAUUAAUACUUUGAAUCUUUGGGACGCCUCUGAGGCCACAGAGCUCUAAUUGGUACCUGACAUUAGUAGGAGAAAAGUAAAGGUUGACAUAUAAUAAUUGUCUAAUUGUUUUUUAAGGGUCAAUCUCUUAUUCAAAGCCUCAAACUUUAUGAUAUUUAAAUGAUUAUUAUAAUAAUACUAUCACUUACAUUAUUAUUACUUAUUAUUACUUUUCAUCACUGUUACAUUCAAUUAUCUUGAGUAUGUUGACUAUUUUUAUAUUGUUAUUAUUUGUUUGUGGUAAAAGAAAUAAAAUCGUUAAAAUUG